AUGUGGGACAAAGAAAAAAAACUGAGUUCCAAUGAGGAAUCGAACCUUAGACCUUCGGAUUCCGCGCUCCGAUGCUCUACCACUGAGCCACAGAGACCCUUCGGUAAGCGAAGUUCUUUACGAAGUUCAUAUGGCGUGCAUACUGCUAGGAUAGAGACUCUACGGUAAGCGAGGUCCAUUACAAAGUUCAUAUGAAAUGCAUACUUUUAGGCUAGAGGCUCUACGGUGACCAAGGUCCAUAACGAAGUUCAUAUGACAUGCAUACUGCUAGGAUAGAGACUCUACGGUGAGCGAGGUUCAUUACUAAGUUCAUAUGACAUGCAUACUUCUAGGCUAGAGACUCUACGGUGAACGAGGUCCAUUAUGAAGUUCAUAUGACACACGUCCUGUAUACUGCUAAGAUCAGCAAUGUCAAUAGCGUCAUGUUUGUAAACAAACUGUCUUGUUAUACCGGUAACCCCACUGACGCAGCGCUACGGUUUCUUUGUAAACUUAUCCCAUUCAUUCAAUUCCGAGUUUUCCGUGUGAAAAAGCUAACACCCAGUCAAUUCUGCCGAUAUUGUUGUCUUGUCUAAAAUCCUAGCAAACUAUACAUCAGAAGAAAGCUUAAUAACUGCAAUAUAAUUGUAGCGAAUUUUUACUUCAGGAAGCAUCAGGAGCCGGUAAGGCGUGAAACGACCGAAGGUUCUUCUAUUGAAGUUAUCGGGUAUCGGAUGCCGCAGCACGAGCAAACUGGCUGCACAGUCUCAUUCACAAGGUAUCAAUCAACGAACGCGUGUCGGGCUUUUUCGAUAUUCCGAGUGGUUGUCUUGAUAUCAGCAUUUAAAGUUGGAGUAGCUAAAAAUACUUGA